UUCUUUUCCACAGAGACGGCAAGGGUUUCAGGACCAGGGACAUUUUUCCUAUGGAAGUAGUUGAUAUGAUACUUGAGAACAAUGAAAAUGGAAACUACUGUGUUGAUCCUAGUGAAUUAUUUCGACAAGACACCGAGAAGUUCUUCCCAGCUGGUAAUCAAGAAGAACUAAACGGCAACUUACGAUUGUCAGUGAGUACUGUUUGUAUUCCAAAUCCAACGUGUGACAAUUUGCAAACGAUUAGCGGUUCGAGUGGAAACAGUCAACUUUGUAAUUCUUCAACAGUUUACAACGUUGCCAAUACGAUCUCGAAUAACCUCAAAGACAACUACAACAAUAUCCAAAGCAAUAGAGAUUCUGUGUGCGUGGCAGUGAACUCAGCGCCUAAUCUGAGGUCGUCUCUUGGAACGAGAAUAAGAGCGCCCAUUCAGAAAGUCAGUGAACAAGUACUUAUUAAUCCGCUUCCGCCUGUCAGCAGACAGGUGCCAGUCACUACAAACCGUCACAGUCAGGCAUCUGGCUUGUGCCCCAAUAUUGGCCUGGCACUGAGGUCAACUGCAAACCCCACAUCAGCAGCAGCAAUAGCAGCAACAACAUCAGUUGCUGUAACGGAUGUCCAAGGAAUCCCCGGAAACGAAACUCUCAUUAGACAGAUUCCUGCAGACGUAAAUACCAUUGGAAAUGAUCAGAUCUGCAACAGUCAAGUAGAAAACAUAAGGAAUUCCCUUGGGACAACUCAGAAUCCAACACCAGUUCAGAAUCCGGACCUUGGUCAUACGAUACCUGUAGAUUUUCCCAAACUCUAUGCAAUCGCCGGUCAUCUGAGUAACCCUGCAGAAAAUGUUCCCGUUCCUCUAGAGAAAACAGUCAACGGCGGGGUUAAUAGUGGCUCUGCUGUCGCUGUUGACAGACAACAGCAGCAGCAACAACAACAGCAGCAGCAACCAGAGGCGGAAAAUGUGUUGCCAUUCAAUCCCGGUAAGACACGCCCCACUGAUCUGGUCGCCAACAGUAGCAACAACAGCAACAUCAGCAGCAACAAUAACAAUAUCAUUAAUAGUAGCAGCAGCAGCAGCAGCAGUAGUAGCAACUGUAACAACACCCAGAGCGAGAAUACUACCUGCGACAGGCAGGAAAUUUUGGUGGGGAGACAAAACCAUGCUUACGAGGAUAGAACGGCCGGUGGGCUAGACGUGGAGAAGUCAGUAGCAGCACUGACGAUUCCUUUACACGAAUCAACCGGCCUUUUAUACGAGGGCGACCCCACGAACAGCGACAAUAACAACAGCCAAGUACAAUUAGACCGACAGCAAAGUUUGAUACUUCAACAACAAAUCAAUCAUCACCAUCAACAUCAUAAUCCUCACCAUCAACAACAGCAACAACAUCAGCAACAAUUAGACAGUAAUUUACUAGAUUCGAUACGUUUGGAAUCUGUUAACACGACUACAUCGCCGCCACCCUUAUCGGAAACAGCUACCCAGGGACUAGGAGCUAUUAGUGCCAGCAAUGGCAGUUGUCAUGAUGUUACGGUGGGUGUGAACCAUGAUACUAGUGCCGAAAGAUCGAAAACAAUUACUCCGAUUACUACUACUACCAACUCCACCACUAUCACCACUACCACCACUAACAACAACAACAACAACAACAACGACAGCAACAAAAACGACAACAAUAAUAACAUAGAAGUUUUGCUUCCGACCGCUGAUAUAGCGAGCGAGUCGCGACUGUCUAAAAUCCGUGACUCCCUCUCACAAACGGCUUGUCCGUCGGUGCUGGACGAUACGAUUGCCGUGUCCAGUUCACCUAGUGCCAACAAAGAAUUAAUAGAAGCUCUUUCCGCUAAAAUCCGUCAACGAAUGAACGACAAUAUUAACACUUCGCCUCUUUCUUCUUCUCCUCCUUCUUCAUCUACUUCGUCUUCUUCUACUUCUACUACUACUAUCACCACCACUACAACUACUACUACUACCGCUACCACUACAACUACUUCUUCUUCGCCUUCUCCUCCUCCUCCUCCUCCUCCUCCUCCUCCUUCUAUUACUACUACAACAUCUUCCACUAUUGCUACCUCGACCUCUCCGUCUUCUCCCCUUCCUCCUCCGUCUGUCUCUUCUUCCAUUCCCUCAACUUCUGUCUCUACGUCUUCUGCCUGCCCGCUUUCUUCUUCUUCCUCUCCCGUCUCCACCCCCGCCUUGAAUUCUAUUCCUUCUUCGACUUGUUCUACAACAUUAACAUCGACUUCUCGAAAUCCCUGUUCACCGAAUUCGACUAGUGUGGCCGCUGCAAUCGGAAAUAGUAACAACAACAUUAGCCUUAACAUCAACAACAUCAGCGGCAGCAAUAAUAAUAACCACAACAACAACAGAAUCAUCGCUCCGAUCGUCAGCGUCUCCAUAGACGACAGUCACAGUAGUAAUACUAACAACCCUAAUAAUAACAAUAAUAACAACAAUCAUAAUAACGACAGCUACAACAACCACAACCUUCACCACCGAAACAACAAGAACAACAACGAGGAAGAGAGGGUCGCAGGUGAAAGCAACAAUUGUGGGAAUUUGUUCUCGGCAGUUAUUGCGGCCGCAUCGCCGGUGAACCCUCUGGAAUCAUCUCAUCACUUCCAAGUGCAUAACGGCUCCAUUUCUGUUCUCUCCGAUCCCCAUCCCAACAUGGUGAUGGUCGACGGAUCUUUGCACCAGCAUGGCGUCGACGACACCCAACACCACAACCAACACCAUCGCCAACAACAACAACAACAUCAACAGCAACAACAACAACAGCAGCAGCAGCAGCAGCAGCAACAACAACAGCAGCAGCAACAGCAGCAGCAACAGGUCAGUCAGUUGUACAACUUGGAUGCUCUUGACCACACUGGCAGACUCCAAUAUGUGAAACAGGAAAGUUUUCUGGAUGACUUCGGAGGCGGCGGUAGUAGCAGCAGUAGCUGCGCCGACCUCGCGGCGGCAUUCGAUCCCCACCGCUUGAACUCGCUGCCACCGGUCAGUUCAACAGCACUGAUGACCACCGCAUCGACUCCACCCGGAAGUGUAGACACAGGUGGUGGCGGGAAUGAUGGAGGUGGAGGCGGUGGCGGAGUAGGUGGAAAUGUCGUCAACGGAAACGCGUCUGCUGUCAACGGCGGUCUGAUCACCAAUUCACAGGGUCAAUGCUUACAGGUACUGCAGCCAGUGCAAGUGCAGCAACAGCAGCAACAACAACAGCAUCACGCUGCAGCUACUCACAAUCUCCAAUUGCAACAACAACAACAACGCGCAGCCGGACUAAACAAUAGUUACCAAGGCAAUGAAACUUACUUUAAUAACUUUUUCGGUCGUGGCACAAUGGAUGGUAGCGGUCAAGGGUCACCGUACGACAGCAGGGACAUCAUGAACCGCCUAUUGAUGCAACCGGCACAUUACUUCAGCGACCAGACAGUGUAUUCACAGACUAUCUAUGGCAACAGCCUCCAGUCUCCAGACAGUGGAUACCAUGAAUGUAUGUCACCAACCGAUGUAAACACCAAUACGGCAUUCAAAGAAGCCCAAUCAGCGUUGGCCCCUCCCUAUGGAGGUGCAACAACAGGAGCGGCUGGGGCUGAGAUUAUUACAGAGCAAAAACCCAAAUACCUUAAAAGACGCCGAUCACAAAGUACCGUGAACAUAAAAGGACAAAUCGCUGGGGCCGAAAAAUUACAUGGAUCAAGUGUCGUUAUACCAAAAUUAUCUUCUGUUUUCGCCCUUAGAGAAAAUGAUACGUCAGGCUACCGGUAUAUCAUGGAGACGCCAACCUCAACCACUCAACGCAUUGAAGAAGAUCGAAUUACAUAUCUAAACAAAGGUCAAUAUUACACAUUACUAAUGGAGAACACAAAGAAAGAAAAACAUAUUAAGAACGUCACUGUUACGACGUUGAUAUUGGUCAACUUUCGGGAACCGAUGUCACUUGAAAAGAAUUUGAUUGCUUGGGAGCUUUGGAGUGAUCGACAGCACAGCACAAAAACACGCAUUCUUGAUAUAGACACUAAAAACGGCCAAGGAAUCCUGUCAAAUUCCAUUGAAGAGUUGUCACACAAUGCUGUAUCUGUCAAAUGGAAGCCAAGUGAAACCCCAUCACUGGUGAAUAUUGCAAUUAAUUGCCUAAGUACAGACUUCAGCAACCAGAAAGGCGUUAAAGGUAUACCUUUGCACAUUCAAGUAGAUACAUACGAAGGCGAAGACAGAUACCCGGUACACAGAGGUUACUGUCAAGUGAAAAUAUUUUGCGACAAAGGUGCUGAACGGAAAACACGAGAUGAGGAACGACGAAGGACGGCAAAAGUAAAGACUGAAAACUCAAAUUCUCCAACUCAUUCGCCACCGUUAGAGGGCGAGAAUGAGUUGUUUGUUCCAAAUUUAUUAGGACGAAAGCGAUCGGAAGAGAUUUACCACCAAACUUGUGAACGAUCCGAAUUCUAUUCUAUGCAAGAUCUCACCACUGAACCGCAACUGUUUAACCCUUUAGGCGACAUCGAUGACUAUCGGGUAAGGAAGCAUGGGGUUGUGCACUACUCAUUAAAUGAGGAAGAACGAGUCGGAAAUUCUAUAAGCAAUAACAAAAACAACACCAACUUAGACGAGAACAGAGAUGGUUACCCGCCUGCCAAAGUUCCACGACGAAAUAAUUUCCUUUACUGUAUGACGUAUCAAAAAGUUAUGUUAUACGUUCGAGAACAGACGGAAAGUACAUUCACAGCGUUACUUCUUAGGACUCCCACAGUUGAAGGGCUAUUAAGAGCAGUGGAAGAAAAAUAUGAAAUUCCAGCUUCAAAGGUUAAAAAUACAUACAAAAGAUCUAAAAAGGGAGUUCUCAUUAAAAUGGAUAACAAUAUUAUUCAGCAUUAUGCUCAUGAAACGACGUUCAUCAUUGAAAAAUGCCGGACAGCAGACGAUAAAGGAUAUGAAAUUAUACUCACAGAAAUUGAUCCGUGAAACAUGCUUACAAUUAUCUCUCCGUCCUUCAUUACAUUCCAAAUAGAUUUUUUUAAUAUGUAAGAAAAUAGAGAGGAAAGAAAGAUAUAAGAAAAAAAGAAACAGAGAAAAAUUAAGAACAUCACUUUUAUUUGUUUCUCUGAUGCUCUUUUAGUUUGAAUUAAUUCUCUUCUCAGUGUCUUUUCUUAUCAUAUUUUCUUUGUUGCUCUGUCGAACCCACCAAUUACUUAGAUGUAACGAGUUUUUUUUUAAAAAAGCAUCAAUUCAUCGCCACCAAUAAUAAUAGGAAGAAGAAGAAGAAGAAGAAGAAGAAGAAGAAGAAGAAGAAGAAGAAGAAGAAGAAGAAGAAGAAGAAGAAGAAGAAGAAGACCUUAAAUGACAUCAGUAAUAAGGAGUAUACAUAAUACUAAUGAUAAAUAGUGCAUUAUGUACAAUGACAGGUACACAACCAUAAGCACUAUAACAGGGUUCACAGCAUUACUCAGCAUUCGAAAUUCACAACUUAACAUUAAAAACAAUCUCAAUAAAUAUUCUACAAACAACUUACACAACACACAAAUAAACAUAGUGCGAUGAAAACCAACAAAAGACCCUAAUACAAACAAUAAUCCUGCAACCAACAAUAAUUCAAAAAUAAAAUAAGACAUUGCUGUGUAUACAAGAGAAGUACAGUAGUGAACUUUGGUGUCAAAGUAAAGACAUUGACUGAAAAAACAGAGGCAAAAAAAUAAUUUCAAAUAAUGAUAUUAAUAAAAAAAAAUAUUGCUGAUAAUAAAGACUGAAUCUGAACUGAACAGUAACUAAGCAUUACUGAAAAAAUUGUGAAAUACCGAAGAGACAUGAAAGAUAAAAAUCGGAUUGAAUCAAUACAAAAAAAAAGAAAGAAAAGAUGAAUGUCUUGGAAAAAAUUACGAGAAACAACAGUAGAAAGUCGGAAAAUCGACUGUGA